AUGGCGUCUCUUCUACCGGACCCGUUGUUUGAGAUAUCUGGAAACGGUCCUGCACCCAAUAAGAAUUUUUAUUAUUUUGCUAUCACCAAUUCAGAAGUGAUAUGGAGAUGGUGGAAGAUAUCUCCCAGAUUUGUUGACAGAUACUCCAAGCCUGGAGAACUGAAGGAGCCUCACCAGGACUUCUUGGGUGACACUUGGCUGCAGAGUGAAGUCAGUAUGGUUUUCGGUCAUCGAAUUUUGCAGUACACCAAGGCUUUGUGCCAAGGCCACUAUGAUUAUUUGGACCGCCUGUCUGACUCCUUACUUCUACGGAUAAUAAAUUAUCUAGAACUAGAGGAUGUUGGUCAGCUUGGACGAACAUCACACAGGUUCAGGCAGCUAUGUGGGUCAGAGGAGUUUUGGGAGCAGGCAGUGCGGCGGCACUGCAGCACAGUGUCGGCUGAGGUGGCAUCUCUGGCGCUUGAGGUCGGCUGGCGCAGCAUCUUCUUCACUAGCAAGCUGCAGCUGCAGAAGUUGAUCAGCCGCAGGAGGCUGAAGACCGAGGAGCAACAAGAAGGAGAGGUCACUGAACCAGGUGUAAUGGCAGAAGGAUCACCUGAUGAAAGCUCAGAGACAGACCAGAUAUCCGGUUCUGAGGACGAAUCUCACACUGGCAUUAUCCUCGAUCCAAGCCUUGGCAUUGAUCCUGGUACUGGCUUUGACACCAGCUCUUGCUGUAAUGUUGACCAUGACUCUAACCCUGAACCAGAGGCUGGCUCUGAUUCCAGCGUGCCUGCGCUUUGCCAACUGUUUGACGACAUAAAAACCUGUGCGAUGGCAACACCGGUGCAGAGCAGUGCACUGGCCAGCAGUAGAGGAGACUGCCGUGCAGUGCCAGAUAAGACAAUGAGUUAA